AUGAAGAGACAGAACCACAGCAUGAUCACUGAGUUCAUCCUUAUAGGCUUCUCAAACCUGGGGGAUAUGCAGAUCCUACUCUUCUUUAUCUUUCUGCUAGUCUAUCUGACCACUGUGAUGGCCAAUGUCACCAUCACAACGGUCAUUCGCCUGGACAGGACUUUGCAUACCCCUAUGUACUUCUUCCUCUUUGUCCUUUCCUGCUCUGAAACCUGCUACACCUUGGUCAUUGUACCCAAAAUGCUAAUCAACCUGCUGUCCCCAGUCCCAGCUAUUUCAUUCUCUGGGUGUGCUGCCCAGCUCUACUUCUUUGUGGGCUUUGCCUGUACCAACUGUUUUCUCAUUGCCGUGAUGGGCUAUGAUCGCUAUGUUGCCAUCUGCAACCCUCUCAACUACACACUCAUUGUCAACCGAGCCACCUGCAUGCAGUUGGUUCUAGCCUCCAGUUUUUGUGGUUUCCUGAUCUCGGUAGUUGUCAACGUCCUGGUGUUCAGUGUGCCUUUCUGUGCCUCCAACAGGAUCAACCACUUUUUCUGUGACAUUUCCCCUGUCAUAAAACUGGGCUGCACAGACACCAACUUGAAGGAGAUGGUCAUCUUCUUUCUCAGCAUUCUGGUGCUGCUGGUUCCCUUUGUGUUGAUUUUCAUAUCCUAUGUCUUCAUUGUUUCCACCAUUCUCAAGAUAUCCUCCGUGGAGGGACAGCGUAAGGCCUUCGCUACCUGUGCCUCCCACCUCACAGUGGUCAUUGUCCACUAUGGCUGUGCUUCCUUCAUCUACUUGAGGCCCACGUCCCUGUACUCUUCAGACAAGGACCGGCUUGUGGCAGUGACCUAUACUGUGAUCACUCCGCUCCUCAACCCCCUUGUCUACACGCUGAGAAAUAAAGAAGUGAAGACAGCUCUAAAAAAGGUCCUGAGUAGAUACUCACUUCCCAAAACUGUAUGA